AUGCCCCUGAUAUUCCCCAAAACCUCAGCUGUGAAACGUCCAACUUCCUGAUAAUAAAAUGCACCUGGAAACCAGGCAGACCCAGUGGACUAUACGGAAAACGAAGAACAAAGUACAGUUUAUUUGAAAGAAUAUCUGGUAAAAAUGUUUCAUGUGAAGUAAAUGAAAUGAACAGAGAGCGUGUCUGUGGCUUUCCAGUACUGGCUGAUCAAAAAACCUACAAUUUCAUAUUAGGUGUCUCCAAUCCUAUCGGGCAAACAGAGUCGUCACUUUUGGUUGAUUUAACUCAGAGAGUUCAUCCAAAAACUCCAGAAAAGUUAACUGUUUCUGAGAACAGCUCUACAAGUGUCCAUCUGCGUUGGUUUAUAAAUGGCAGCUUUGCUGAGAUCAGGCUUCUGUGUCAAAUUGAAAUUAGCAGUGGUCACUCUGAGCAAAAACUGCACAAUGUCUCCGUGCCUGGUGGAAAAUUCUCAACUUACAUGGCUCAGCUGAAUGCAUUGCACCCAUAUACCAAAUACCAGUUCAGGGUGCGCUGUUCGGCUGCUGACCACUUCUGGAGAUGGAGUGACUGGAGCAGGAUAGAGGAGCACACAACACUGGAAGCCCCUCCUGCAAGAGGACCAGAUAUCUGGAGAGAGAGAAGUCCUUCUAGAAAAAGUCUAAAAAUCUUCUGGAAGCCCUUAUCCCUUUCUGAAGCCAAUGGAAAAAUAGUGUCUCAUGAAGUGUCCUGUUACCUGCUAGAGACACAACUGGAGUAUAAAGAAGUCACCGAACCCUCAAACAGUACUGAGAUAAAACUUGGAAAAAAUGACUGUGUAAUUACUGUUGUAGCCAAAAACCAUGCAGGUUUGUCUCCUCCUUCAAGGAUAACGAGUGUGGAACUUCCAAGUGACAAUGUCAAAACAGAUCGGGCUGUGGCAAUGGGGAAUGGAAUUUAUAUUUCUUGGAAUUCUUACCUCAACAUGACCUGUGGCUACAUAGUAAAAUGGUGUCAUUCAUCUGGGUCUGAACCCUGUAGUGUGGACUGGCAGAAAUUUCCUUCAAAUACAACAGAUGCAGUGAUAAAAUCUGCUCUGUUUAGACCUGGCAUGAGAUACAACUUUUCACUAUAUGGCUGCAAAUCCAGUGGAUAUCAGUUAUUGAAAAACAUAACUGGGUAUAUGAAAGAGCUGCCUCCAAAACGUGCGCCAAAUUUUACUGUAGAAGAAACUUCUUCAGAUUCUAUAUUGGUAAAAUGGGAAGACAUUCCUAUUGAAGAUUGUCAGGGUUUUUUAGAGGGAUAUCGGCUUUCCUUUGCAAAAGGUGAAAAAGAUGCUUUAAAGCCUAGACUUUCAGAAUCAGGGAAUCCAGAACUUAAAGUUAAGAAUAUCACUGACUUAACAAAAAAUUAUUUGAAAAUACUUGAUCUUCAAGGCAAAACAAGUUACCAACUGGACCUACAAGCCUAUACUGCUGGUGGGUUGAGCCCUCCAAACAGCCUCUAUGUGGUGACAAAGGAGGACU